AUGGGGCUCGACAUCUUUCGCCAGAUCUCAAAGACAAACUGCUACGGCGGCCACUCCGUCGCCCCGAUGGGCCUGGGCUUUGAAGGGAUGUUGGAGAAGAGAAUUUUGGAUGAUUUCACGGCCGCGGUGGGUGCGGGGAGGGUGGGGGAGAAGAAGAUGUUGUUGCAUGGGAUGCCGGCGAUGUUGAAUCAUUCGUGGUGGGGGAAUAUGACGGAGUGUUCGUUUGGUGAUGUGAUGGUGAUGCGUGCCAGUCGACAUAUCGCCAAAGGCAAUGAGCUACUCAUCUUCAAGAAGAUGAUCUGGGCGAAGACGCCAGAGGAGUUCCAGCGGCACAGGGCCGAGCUUGCCGAACCUGCUCGCAAUUACAUCGACACUAACGACACCGCGCUCUACGCUUGCCACGCUUUACGCAUCGCACGUUUCGGUCUCGUGUCCAGCAACACCGUCGAGCAGCUCAACGACUGGUUGCUGGUUGCCCGAGGAGGCGACAUUAUCACUCUCUUCUCCACCAUCUACGAUCACCUCAGCGCGAGUUUCCGGGACAGGCAUGAUCUGCUUGUGGUCAAGCCCCGGCUCGUCGAACGUGAUCUUAUCCAACACGUCUUCCGCAAGGUGGCGGCGGAGCAGUGCAAGGCGAAGUAUUACAGAGUGCUGGUGACCGGCCGCGCAGGGAGGAGUAUCGGGGGAGCCCAUGAAGAGGAGUUCGACGAGCAGAGGUUCUUGUUGGGCCAUGAAUGGGAUGGAUGA